AUGUCGCACAAUCCCCUUCCGGAGCCACCUCGCGAGUUCCAGUACAGUCUACCUCCACCUAGGCAGAAAACGCCGCCUAAAACGUACAAGCGCAAGGUUCGUAUGGGAUUCUGGAAUCGACGGGGAGACCACCUCACGCCGGAUGGGCACAUUGUUUACGCACCGCCUCAUCUUUCCCACCCUGCCGAACUUAAGGAUUAUCCGCGUACUAAAGAUGGGUUCAUGAAUCAUGAGGGGGCUUUUAUGAAGCAGAGCCCGAAUUGGACCGAGCUGCAGGAUUCAUUACCAAGGUUUGGACGAUCUCCCGUUAGGCCCUAUGAAAGUUUCGUAGUAUAUAACUACUUUUAA